CUUUCUGUACUAUAUCUUAACUAUAAGAAUGGCGGAUGAGGUGGUUCUGCUAGAUUUCUGGCCAAGUCCCUUUGGGAUGAGGGUUAGGAUUGCACUUGCUGAGAAGGGUAUCAAGUAUGAGAACAAAGAAGAGGACUUGAGGAACAAGAGUCCUCUGCUCCUCCAAAUGAACCCGGUUCACAAGAAAAUCCCGGUUCUUAUCCACAAUGGCAAGUCCAUUUGUGAAUCUCUCAUUGCUGUUCAGUACAUUGAUGAGGUCUGGAAUGAUAGAUCUCCUUUGUUGCCUUCUGAUCCUUACCAGAGAGCACAGGCUAGAUUCUGGGCCGAUUUUGUUGACAAGAAGAUAAAUGAUAUUGGAAGGAAGCUUUGGACAAAAAAAGGAGAAGAACAAGAAGCUGCCAAGAAGGACUUCAUAGAUGCCAUUAAAUUGUUGGAGGAACAGCUUGGAGACAAGACUUAUUUUGGAGGAGACAAGAUUGGCUUUGUGGAUUUAGCACUUGUUCCAUUCUACUCUUGGUUUAAAGCUUAUGAGACUUUUGGCAACUUCAAGACAGAGAGUGAGUGCCCCAAGUUUAUUGCUUGGGCCAAGAGGUGCAUGCAGAAAGAGAGUGUUUCCAAGUCUCUUCCUGAACAGGAAAAAGUCUAUGAUUUCAUUGUGGAGAGAAGAAAGAGGAUGGGUAUUGAGUAGAUUGGAGGCAUAUUAGUAAAGUACUUGUCUGUCAUUGUUCGUGUGCUUCUCCUUUCAUAUAAAGUAUUUAGUAA